AUGAACAACGAUGAUGACGACGAUAAUUAUCCGGGCAAACUUCUUCAUCAGGCAGCAUUAUACCUAAAUGUCGAUCUUCUCAAAGAUCUACUCACAGGUGACGAAAUUAACAAUAUCGAUGCUACCGAUCGUUUCGGUUGUACGCCAUUGCAUACAGCAUGUAUUUCGGCAGCACAAGCAACUCUUCAAAAUGAUACCAAAGUACUCGAUUCAUCCUUGGAAUUCAUAAUGGCAUUGAUUGAUCAUGGAGCUGACUUGAAUAUUCAAUCUGGUGAACGUUACAAUUAUCAAUCGUUUUUACUGACAGUAAUAACUAUCGUGAUGCGUUUGGGAAACAGCCAACAGUUGAUUGUUGGCUGUUAUUUUACAAAUUGGUCUCAAUAUAGGCAAGGUCUCGGAUAUUUUGAUCCGUCAAACAUUGAUCCAUCGCUGUGUACACAUCUCUACUACGCAUUUGCGAAUAUCAACGUUAUGACACGAAGUCCAAGUCCAUUUGAACUCAAUGAUAUUGAACCAAUACCCAGUCGAAGUACCAAUCUAACAAAACCGCGUGUAUCUAAAGGAAUGUAUGAACAAAUCUAUUUGUUAAAAGCAAAAAACCGACGAUUGAAAACAUUGUUGACAUUGGGUGGUGCGACAGUCAAUUCGACACAAUUUCGACAAGUUUUUCAAUCGGAAAGAAUACGACAAGAGUUCAUCCGAAAUACGAUAAGAUACUUACGAAAGUAUCGAUUCGAUGGUCUAGACCUUGACUGGGAAUAUCCCGAAAACGACAAUGAUCGACGAAUAUUUUCAUCGAUGAUUCGUGAUUAUCGUAUCGAAUUCCAAAAUGAAGCUCGUUCAAUGAAUCGAACACGACUUUUGCUCACUACAGCGGUCGCAGCCUAUCAACCAAAAAUUCAUAUUGCCUAUGACAUUCCGAACGUCUGCUCAUCCGUUGAUUAUGUAAAUCUAAUGGCGUAUGAUUAUCAUGGUAGUUGGAAUUCCUAUAUAGGUUUCAACAGUCCACUAUACCCACGCUCGACGGAAACGAAUGAUCAACGUCUUUUGAAUCAACAAGCGACUGUCGAGACAUGGAUUAACGGUGGAUGUCAAGCAAAAAAACUCGUUCUGGGUCUUGGAAUGUAUGGACGAACAUUCAAGUUAAAACAAAAGAUAAAUCCUGAUGUUAAACCCUAUGCACCAUCGAUAGGUGCAGGUUCAUUGGGUAAUUAUACUGCGAGCAAAGGAUUUUUAUCGUACUAUGAGAUCUGCAACCUAAUUACCAAAGAAAAAUGGUCUGCAGAGUACGAUCGCGAGCAACAAGUGCCAUUUGCAUAUAAAAACGAUCAAUGGGUUGGAUACGAUAAUUUACAAUCCAUCGAACAAAAAUGUCGUUUUGUUGUCAAACAGCGGUUAGCGGGAGCGAUGACACCGUUGCAUAUGAUUGCCGAAGUGGGAAACGAAAAGAUUUUGGCUCUGUUGUUAUUUCAUAAGGCAGAUGUGACGAUCAAAGAUAAACACGGUGAAACUGCAUUGACAUUAGCACAAAUGAAUCGGAAAGUUGAUUCAGUGGAGAUGAUUCAGAAUGAGAUUGAACUUCGACAGCAAGUUCGACAAGAAACUGAAAAGAGACUGCUCGAUGCUUGCUUUGAUGGUGAUGUGGAGAAAGCAGCAGAAUGUUUAGCACAUUUAGGUGCACAUGCGAAAGCUGUUUUGAAUUCCAGUCCAAAUGGAAGUGAUACAUUGAACUUUUUGUACCGAGCAUGUCGAACGGGGAAUGUGGAUUUAGUUAAAUUAUUAUUAAAGCAUGGCGCAAUUGCUAAACCACAUCGUCAAACAUCGUAUUCACCACUGUACAUUGCCUGCCGGAUAGGAAAUCUCGAGAUUGUUCAAAUGCUCUUAACUCAUUUUCCGCAUUUAGUCUCUGUAGCAACCUUGGAACAAAUUCUUCCGUUCGCUGCUGCUUGUUCACAAGGACAUUUAUCAAUUGUACAACUUCUUUUAACUUAUCCAAACUAUCCAUUUGGAUCUUGUUCACUCUUCGCUGAUCGUUUGCAACGAUCGUAUGUUUUCCCAUUCAAUCUUAACGCACAAGAUUUGAAUGAUCAAACCAGUUUAUACUUAGCUGCACUUGGUGGAUAUGUUGAUCUUGUUGAAUAUCUUCUUUCUUUUCGUGUCCAUGGAUUAACCGCUCAAGAAGUAGAAUUAUUCAAACGUCGAUCCACGCAUAGUUAUUUCAAUUCCGAAAGUUCAAUCACCACUCUUGCAGAAUUCAAUGCAACGUUACAGAAGACGACCACGUCGUUUUGUCCAUUCAAUCUUGAUGUGUAUUCUAUCAACGGUCGAGCUGCAUUACACGAAGCAGUUGAACAGCAAAAUUUUAAAUUAGUCCAUUUGCUUGUUUCCAACGGUGCUAAUGUUAAUUUACCAUAUGAAGAAACUGCAAGUCAAGCAUCCAACGAAGAACGAUGCUUUGUCACUCGUUCUACACCUCUGUCGUGUGCUUGUCGUCUUGGUAAUAUUCAAUUAAUCGAAUAUCUGCUCAAUUCUCAUGCAACUGAUAAAGAGUUUCUCGCGUUCAAUUCUUGCAAACAAUCGUACCUCAUUGGUCAUUUGCUAAAGUAUCGUGUUUUACAAGAUAAUGAAUUCAAGUUAACUAAACGACAGUUAACAUCCAACGUUCUUUUUCCGUUCGAUGAACAGUUUUGGUCAUGUAUCGAUCUAUCCAAGAUCUGGAUGAGUACAGCUGAGGAGAAAAAUGUCGAUAAGAACAACAAUAUACCCGAAUCGAAUUAUUCUAUGGAACCUGUAUUAAAACGACGUCCGAGUAAACGAUAUCAGGUAUUAACAACAGGCUUUGAACAACUUAAAAAUCGGUUUUCUACGCGUUCGAUUAUGACACCAACCCAGAUUCCGUUAUCAUCACCGAUUCCAUCAACACCUGUAGGUAUUCAAUGGCAUCAUUACGGUCCAUUGAAAAGUGUCGAUCCUCUUUGGUUCAUUCAAGCAUCGAUCUUCGUCAACAAAGACACAUUUAUUCAACUAUCAGAUAUCACAUUAUCGAACCGCCAUUUACUCUUGCAUUGCAUUACACGCAUUGAUUUAUCAGAUAACUCACUAGAAAAUCUACCAGUGUUCCUUUUUCAAAUGUAUUCUUUGAGAAUAUUAAAUGUGUCGAAUAAUCAAUUAGGAGAAUUACCAAACGGAAACAAUGUUUGGUUAUGUCAUCAAUUAGCCGAAUUAGAUGUAUCGCAUAAUGCAUUGAUUUCUUUACCACCAGCGAUGUUUCAACUUCGAUCACUUCAAAGAGCGUACGCAGCUCAUAACCAACUUCAGUAUCUGCCAGUCGAAAUGUGGUCAGCGCCGAUGUUGACUGAUUUGAAUGUAGCGAAUAAUUCAUUGAAAGAACUUCCAAGACCAUCUGUUGUAUCCACAAAAUAUGCAGAAAAAUCCGGCCGACAUAUGACAUCACGACAUUUGGGCACACAAAACCGCACAGCAAGUGAAUUACGUCCGCAGGCAAGUUUACUUUCUGCGAUAAAACCAACACAUAUUGAUCUUAAAUCGUCAACAAUACCAUCAUCAAUAACAACUGUUGAUUUAUCCACACUGUCUCCUCCACUUUCUGCUCCUCCACGUUCAACAACAUUUGUUCAAAUGCCAAUAGAUGACAUACCACAAUCACCUGACGACGACGAUGAACUUGAACGCCGAGCUAAGUUGAAAAUCAGUUAUCAGAACUCACCUCCAUCGUCAGCAUCACAAUCCAUUCCAGUAAAACGACUCUGCCUUUGGCAAAAUCACAUUGCUCCGUCAACAGAUGAUGAUCCACAAAUAGGACCAAAUGUCAAAGCUUCCGCUUCAUCUUCCCCUUCGUCCACAGUCAGUCGGUUAACUAAUCUUAAUCUUUCCUACAAUCACUUCGAAACUCUUCCACCAAUGCUCUGUUGUCUUGUUCCAUAUUUAACAUCUUUAAAUCUUUCACACAAUCUCCUCACCGAUGCAUUGAAUGUAUCGUCCUAUCCUCCACGUUUAAAGAUGCUUGAUUUAUCAUUCAAUCGUCUUCAAUCCAGUAUUCUCUCGGAAUCGUCAACAUCUUCGUCUCGCAAAGAUAAUCGAACACACCGAAGAAAUCGUCACAAUGAAACGAUCUCACCCGACAAUAUCUGUUACCGGCCUGAAUUAAAAGAGACUACUAACGCACAAUUAGACGCCGCAAAACGACGUCGAAGUCGAUCAGUAUCUCGGCAUAAACUUCUUGCUUCAGCAAAUCUAUCCAUUGGACUAAAUUCUCCAUCGAAAUCCGAUCACAAUGACCAAUGCUGUCCGCAUCGUCGACACGUCAAGUUAGAAUUUCUGCACGAUCUAAAUCUUAGCGAUAAUCUUAUUGAAGAACUGACAUUAUCUUCAAUACCCAAACCAUCGUCUGGCACGGAUGCGUCGUUAUUACGUGCGGCAUUGCUAUUUCCAGCAAUAACACGUCUGAAUUUAAGUCAAAACAAGUUAGUAUCCAUUCCAACCAGUAUUGCAUUGUUGGAUAACCUUGGAACAUUGAUAUUACGUGAUAAUCUCCUACUGCGAGAGAUUCCUUUGUCGAUUGGUUCGAUGCAAAAAUUGUGGAAUUUAGAUCUUCAUGAGCCUCUAUCGUCGUUUAUUACGAAUAAUUAUCGAACUGCAGAGAUUAUUGGCUAUAUGAAAAGUUUAUGUGAUGACACAAAAAUCUACAACAAGAUGAGACUAAUGUUGCUUGGAAAUGAACAAACAGGGAAAACGACAUUGUUUCAAAUUUGUAAACGCGAGAGUACGAACACUACUCCACAGAAUCAGCGAAAAAAAUCUUCAACAUGUCGAAAUUUUCCAAUUCUGGACAUAUCGGAAUGGAUUUACGAGAAAACACCACGUACGUUGUUAGGGCCAAUCACAUUUCGAGUUUGGGAUUUUGGUGGACAGAGAGAAUUCCAUUCGAUUUAUCAGUACUUUUUCACACGUCGUACACUUUAUUUAAUUUGUUGGAAAAUGACUGAAUACGACCAAAACGAACAAAUCUUUGAUACAAUUCAUAAAUUUCUUAUAAAUAUUCAAGUAAGUCGAUGUUUAUGCAAUAAGUCCAUGAAUAAUAAUGACGAACUUCAACGUUUCACUUUCGAUUUCUAG